AUGCCUAACGGAUACACGGCACGCUUGGCACUGACGAACGAGGACCUGCGCGCGGCCUAUGUGCUGCGCGACGAGGUAUUCUGUGCCGAGCAGGGCUACAGCGCCGACCGCGAGCUCGACGCGCUCGACGACACCGCUGCGCACAUGGUCCUGGUCAGCGACGAGGACCAGCAUGUGCUCGGUGUGGUGCGCAUCCUUGCGUACCCCUUGCCGGAAGAGGAGCCCGAGUCGUACCCCCCGACGCGCAAGGACGGCGACGACCUCCCGGGCGGCGGGCGCACCGAGGCGCAGGUCAUGGAGACCUUCCAAGAGAAGCAGCAGCGCCUCGAGGAGACGUCGCAAGACUUUCUCUUGUCGGGCGGCAAGAUUGGGCGUGUCGCCGUGAGCAAGGCGCUGCGUGGAAAAGGCGCAGGACGCAUGCUGAUGGAGGCCGCCGAGGCGUGGAUCAUUAAGGCGUUGGCCAGUGCGCCGUACGUCCAAUCCGCCCAGAAUGUCGACGCAAAGAUCCAGCUGAGCGCACAGGUGAUUGCCAAGCGCUUCUACGAUAGCUUGGGGUACACCUCCGACGACGUGCAGUACCUCGAGGAGGGCGAGCCGCACCAGUGGUACAAGAAGGUGGUGUCGAUCAAGAGGGUAUAA